AUGAUUGACUUUGUAGAGGUUGCAUUGAGCUGGGGGCUUCCUGCUAUUCUUAUUGACUAAGUUAUGUUUUUUAUAGUUUACAAAAUUGCAGGAGAUCAGAUAUGCAUAGUUGAUGUAGCCUAUCCAACAAGUCAUUUAGUUGCAGGAAUAAUUUAUUGCAUAUUUUCAGAGAUACCACUUCCUUCAAAGAUUGUAAAUAUUGUUAUAGAUUUUCAGAUUAAUAUUAUUCUUGUAGUAUUAUGGUCUAUGAGGUUGGCUGGAUUUGUCUUUAUUUAUAGAGUUAUAGGAGGAUACCGAGAUGAACGCUUUGAGAAUAUUUUUAAUGAAUUUAACAGUGACAGACUGAAAAAAAAUUUGAUGGUUUUGGUUCAAUUUCUUUUUCAAGGUGUCUUCAUAUUUGUGACUAGCAUUCCAUUAUAUUUCUUAUUCUAAAAUAAUCUUACAUGGAAAUCAGAAAAUUUUUAGGGCUUGUAGAUUAUGAAUUAUAUUGCAUUGUCAAUUAUACCUUUUAGUAUUUGUUUAGAAGCAAUUGCAGGUAAAGAUAAAAAUAUACAUAGAUAUACAAUUGGAGAAAUUUAAAAAGUUAUAGCAAUAAGGUUUAAUACCAAAGACAGAAAUUAUGGACACAGGAUUUUGGAAAAAAAGUAGGCAUCCAAAUUUAUUUUUCGAUCUUAUAACUUGGGGAUGUUUUGGAUUGUCAGCAAUAUAUGAUGGAUUAAGUGUUUGCGCUUUGAUUGGUCCUAUAGUCCUAUUUUGUGCAAUGGAAUUUGUGACAAUACCUAUUACAGAAGCUCACAUGAAAAAAAAAAGAGGAGAAGCUUUUGAUCAGUAUGUUUAAAGAACUAACAAAUUUUUGAUUUUUUGA